AUGGCACAGACCAUCGUGGUUGCGGGUUUUGGUUCCGGCAUCUCCGCCGCCGUCGCGCGCACCUUUGGAAGGCAGGGCUACUCGGUGGCGCUGCUAUCCCGCACACCAGCAAAACUCGACGCCGGCGUCAAGGACCUGGAGGCCCAAGGCAUCAAGGCGGCCGCGUACCCCACAGACCUGACUGAUGCGAAGGCAGUCUCCGCCGCCAUCGCCAAGGCCAGCGCGGAGCUGGGUCCCGUGGGCCUGCUGUUUUACAGCCCAAGCGGCCAGCCCGGGAGGACGGUUCUGUCUGGGCAGCCGGAGGCUUUCACGGCGGUGUUUCAGAUGGCGGCCGCCGGGCUGGUGGCCGCGGUGCAGGCGGCCAAGGCAGAUCUGGUUGCAGCCGGCGGCGCGGUGCUUGUCGCAGGCGGCGGGUUCGCCCUCGAGAGCGACGAAGCCACAAAAAUCGCCGUUCAGUGGGACUCCGAUUCUCUGGCUGUUGCCAAGGCGGCGCAGCGCAAGCUCGUCCACAUCCUUCACCAGCGCCUGGGCGCUGAGGGCGUGUACGUCUUUGAGAUCACGGUCAACGCUGCGGUCAAAGGCACCGAAUUUGCCGACGACACGGCGACCCUGACCGCCGACGCGGUGGCCGCGCGCUUCGCCGAGCUGCUGGCGGCGCGCGACCCCAAGGUGUGGUGGUCCGCCAUCGGCGCGUGA